UAGGCGGCGGCGUCGUUGUGGGUCUCAUUAAGUGGGCGGUUCGCUCAGAUUCAGUUGCUCGUGAAACGUUAAAACGCGCGAAACGCCUUGUCGUGUCGGCGACGUUAUCUAAAAUUCUCGGAAACAAUUCCCUAGGUCUUCUGAAAGUACACAACCGUUAAGAAAGUCUUGCAAAACAAAUUGCAUAAAAAAGCGUUACUAAAGGUGCGCAGAAAAGGUCCUCCUGCCCAAAAUGUCGCCGUCCAGCAAGCAGCAAGAGGCGGAGGAUAGCGAACAUAAUCCCCAGGUGGUGGUCACGACCACAGGUGCUACACACAGCAUACGACACGAUCGUAGCCUCUGGCGUGAUCUGACAGCCUAUUGGAUAUUGGGUCUCUGCAACAACUAUGGCUACGUGGUGAUGCUGAGUGCUGCGCACGAUAUCAUUGCGCAGUUUAAUGAUGAGCCUGAGGUGGAUGAUGGCGCUGUUGCCGGCACAGGACGUGAGUGCCAUUUGGUAUCGACGGGCGCCAUAUUGCUGGCGGAUGUGUUGCCCUCGCUGUUUGUCAAGAUUCUGAUGCCCUUCUUUCCCUUUUGGGUCAAUGUACGCAUAGGCAUAGCCGUUGCCUUCUCGGCGGCGGGUUUCCUGCUGGUUGGCUUUGCGAAUGCCGAAUGGAUGGCGCUGCUGGGCGUGAUUAUUACCUCGGCCAGCAGCGGCAUUGGAGAGACCACCUUUCUGGCGUAUUCCUCCCGCUUUAACAAAAAUGUCAUAUCGACCUGGUCCUCGGGCACAGGCGGUGCCGGUGUCAUCGGCUCACUGAGCUAUGCCACGCUGCGCUCCCUGGAAGUUAGUCCGCGCGACACCAUGCUGAUCAUGCUGAUCUUUCCCGCUAUUGAAGCGUUUGCCUUCUGGCUGCUGUUGCGUCGUCCACAGAUGCUGCCUGUCACCACUGUGGAAUCUACCGAGGAGCUUAUUAGCGAUGAUAAGCCCCUGGUGGGCUUCAAGGAGAAAAUGUCAUACAUUAAACAACUUUUUAAAUACAUGUUGCCGCUGUGCCUGGUCUACUUCUUCGAAUAUUUCAUCAAUCAGGGACUGUUUGAGCUGGUGUAUUUUGAGAAAAUUUUCCUGGAUAAGGCAUCUCAGUAUCGCUGGCUGAAUGUGGACUAUCAAAUAGGCGUAUUCAUAUCGCGCUCUUCCGUCAACAUCUUCCAAUUGAACAAAAUCUGGCUAAUGUCCGUGUUCCAGUUUAUAAACGUUGUCUACUUCCUAACUGAAGUCAUUUGGUUCUACACGCCCAGCAUAUGGAUUGUGUUCGUCAUUGUCCUGUGGGAGGGACUGUUGGGCGGCGGCGCCUAUGUGAACACCUUCUAUCGCAUGUCCAAGGAAAUACCGCCGGGUCGACAGCAGUUCGCCAUGGCGAUGGUCGUCCAAUCGGAUUCAUAUGGCAUUGCCUUGGCCGGAUUCCUGGCCAUACCCGUUCACAAUGCCAUUUGUGGACUGCCGGCGGCAGUGCGAAGUGUUGUCUGGUAACAGAACAGAAUAUAGGAACAUAAAAAGAGCUCAUAAUGAGUAUUUAAUUAUGCCUUUAAAUUAGCUAAAAUGUGUGAGUGUGAGUGUGUACAUUUUGUAUUAUCGCGCGCGCGCGCGCGUGUGUGUGUGUGUGUGUGUGCCUAGUUGAGGCCCAAGCAUUGUAGUUAGUUUUUGUGUUUAAUAUUUAGUAAUUUAGCAAUUAGUUUAACAGUACAUUUAACUUAUAGACACUUCGAAUGAAGUGGAAUAUGGUAUUAAUCUAGAGAUAAACUUUCAAUAACAGCAUAAGCUGAGAGAACGAAAUCUGAACAAUUAAAAAAAAAAAAAACAAUGAACAAUAGACAUUGAGAAUGAUUACCAGGGCCAAGCACAAGUGAGGUUAUCAUCUGGCUGCUUGCUCACAAUACCGUAAGCUUGUAAAGUGCAAAAAAAAAUACUCUAUGAUUGAGUCUUAGCAAUCAAUUGUCAUCAAUUCAAAUACAACAGAAUUUAUUCUUUGAUACUUUA